UUUUCACUUAACUACUUCUCAAUGCCUUCUCGAAGAGCAACCAAGAUCUCAUCAACACACAACAUUCGAACAUCGCCAUCGAUCCUCCAUGACCGGAACGCUCUCCCGGAACUAAGAUGCCUCCGACUUAUACGACACCGUCGGGCGAAAUACACCUUUCGAAAGAGGCAUUCAAUCGUCUUUGCGAAAGAUGUGACAGCGUGUUCAAGAGCAUCAGCGAGGGAUUUGACCGUGCUAGACAUGACCGGACCACAUUCUACCGCGAUGAGGUGCCUUUUGGCAGCUGGAACGAAUUGUUGAACUUGGCAUCCAAGGGUGACUGCCAUUUUUGUUGUUCUUUUGCUGCUCAAGCUUUAAUGUCCGAAAGACCUUGCCUUAUUACAGGCCAAGACACGAAGCUCGCUGUGCACAGUUAUCCAUCUCUGCAACCUGUUGUGUCGGAACGGGGAUUGCUAGAGAUGGAAAUAAAACCCGCCAUUGAUACAUUACCUGCAGGGGCCGAUAAGACCUUGAUACUUUGUAGGGAAUUUUGUUCCAUGGAAUAUUUGAAUUUCACGGGAUACAUGCAUUUCAAUCUCGAUCUUGUCGGUGAAGAUGGUAAACGCAUCCGUCUUACCAGCCCAGUUGGACUGCCCAGGUAUAAGGAAUUACCUGCUUACUUGGCCCGUGGUUUCCCAACCAGUUUAAACACGGAGAGCGAAGCAAGCUUGAAUCAAGCGCUCCGGUGGGUCGACAACUGUGUGUCUAACCACCCUUCAUGCAACAAGAAUGGGCAUGAGAAGUUUCAAGGGCAAUACCCCGCCCGCUUCAUUGAAGUGGGAAGUGUGGGAAGCCUUACAGUCAAGAUAUGCGAGACUACAGGAAUGAACUUUCGAGGGCAAAGAUAUACAACUCUAAGCCAUUGUUGGGGGAAUUCAGUACCAACUCGGCUUCUACUGGAAAACUAUGACUCUCGAUUAAAAGGCUUCGCGCUGGCCGAGUUACCAAGGACUUUUCAGGAGGCAAUAGUAGUAACUCGAAGGCUAAACGUACAGUUCUUAUGGAUCGAUUCUCUGUGUAUCAUCCAAGAUUCACUUGACGACUGGGCAGCAGAAUCUGCCGGGAUGUGUUUUGUUUACAAGAACACUUACCUCAAUCUGGCCGCCGGUGCAUCGCUGAAUUCUAGUGGAGGCCUAUUUUCCCCACGAUAUCCUCUAUCAUUCGUGCCCUGGGUUAUAACGCUUUCAGAUGGCAGAAUCCUGGCAGGCAGUUACAAUUCCGAGAGAGACAGGUUCACUCUCAACACAAGAGGCUGGAUCCUUCAAGAACAAAUCCUGUCGCGGCGUACUCUUAUUUUUGGGAAACAAGAGCUUCACUGGGAAUGUUCCAUGGGUGAAGCAAGCGAAUGUUUUCCAGAUUCUGUCGAUCCCUCAGAGAAAUACUCACGCUCACCAAGAGCGAGGACAGGAAACGGGCCCCUCCCUGAACUGAUGGGGUUGUCAAAAGGCGAACUGCUUCAUGACUCCGAACGACACAGGGUCUGGGCAUUGCUAGUCUAUGAAUACUCUGGCAGGAGGAGACUUACCAAGCAAUCUGAUAAGCUUGUAGCCAUUUCUGGUCUUGCAGAAAACUUGAGCAAUGGAUGGAAUGGAAUCACCUACCUUGCCGGCCUAUGGUCCUUUUGCCUUCGACAGAACCUUCUGUGGAAAUGCUCGGAGGUUGAACAAAGCAAAGCACGCAACACCGGCGUAGCUCCUUCCUGGUCCUGGGCUUCAUUGAACACUGAAUGCUCUUUACCCACGCCGUCUCCUCUAGACGCAGGCGUAGACAGCCUAGCCGCAGUCCUGGAGGCUAUGGUAACUCCAUCGAGACCAAUGCAUUUGUUCGGGCAAGUAAGUGGCGGAACCGUCCGUAUCAAAGGCCCGUUGCUACGGGCUACCGUGAGAUAUCGGUCUCACAGUCCCCAAGAUAGUAUACGCGGAUGGUGGGAAUCCGAUGCGGAUGAAGAGUGUGCAAGUGUGGUGCAUGUCCUAGCUAUGGAUUGGGAUGAAAAGGAAGCCCGCGACUUAGCAGUUGCUCAAUCAGCGAUGGUUUACCUUGCGCCUCUCGAAGUACGCCUGCGAUUCCAAAUUCCAAGUCUUUGGCACCUCAGACUCAAGGGACUAAUCCUAAGAUCCGCGUCAGCAUCUCACCGGAAGGGAGAAUUCGAAAGACUGGGCGUGUUCGAAAUCUCUGACUCUAUUAAGCGUCGAAGACCGCGUGGCCGGUUCAAUCCCUAUAGGUCUAAAGUUCAAAACACCCUCGAGGAAAGUAGCUCUGAUAGACCUACCUCUAAGCAAGCACAGAAGGAGUUUUCAAUGGUCUAUAGCACAGACGAACUUUUCCCUCAACUAACUAGCGGAUCAGAGGAAGAGAGGGCGGCCUUACUGAGAUCUGAUCCGUAUCUGAACGGCCCAUUGAACACCAAGUUGAAACACCGUUACUCUCCUGAGCUCGAGCCCGAGCAGUACCCCAGACUCGGCACAUUCUUUGAAGCCCUGGAACUGGCCGCGCAGCAUAACAGAAAGAGCGACAACCCGGACGAGAACUUGGGACAUGAUGUUGGCAACGGGUUCUAUAUAUACGAGCUAGUGUAAGGCAAAUACCCAAGGGAAGUUAGGGUGGAGGAGAGAGACGGGAUGAAUUCUGUUACGGGGCAACCAGACCAGGCCGCACAACUACAUGGGAGGAAACGUCACUCUGCCUUCUCCCUAUUUCCGCUCCUUCCAACUUCAUUGAUUUCUGUCCUCUUGGUACCUGAACUGUUGCCUUCGAGGUCUUUUCUCGGUCCGUGCCCCCCACAAAAUCCCGUUGGCUCAUAAAUACUUCCUCAGAAUUCCUCUCGUCCUUCUCUCACAAAAUCCUUCUCUCACGCAACCACUCUCUCAACUCAGCAACAACUGCAGUCGUCUCGUACUUUGUAUGUGCUUUGCAACAUAACUCCAAGAAGAACACAGCAGUUAACGAUCCCAACAGUGUCUACAAAAUGAACGCCAACAACAACCACAACCACAACAACCGCAACCGCAACCGCAACCGCAGGCGCAAUCGUCGUCGCGUGGAGAACCCCGCGGGCGAUGA